CUGGGAGCUGGCGCUGUGGUCAGCUGAGCGGCGCCGGGCGGGUCGCGAGGCCGAGCGUAAGCCCCCCAGCCCCGCCGCUCCGGUCCCCGCCCUUGGCCCUUCUCCCAGCCGGCGUCCACAUCCGGGCCGGGAGCUCUCCUCCAGGGCCACGAUGCCUAGGGGUCAGUGACAUCGAGAGAAGCCGAUCGCCGGCGGCCGGAACUUCUGCCAUGUCCCACCAACCUCUCAGCUGCCUGACUGAAAAGGGGGACAGUCCCAUUGAGACCACAGGAAAUGGACCCCCCAUUCUGGCUCACCCCAGCCUGGAUACAUUCACCCCAGAGGAGCUGCUGCAGCAGAUGAAGGAGCUCCUGGUUGAGAACCACCAGCUGAAAGAAGCCAUGAAGCUAAAUAAUCAAGCUAUGAAAGGGCGAUUUGAGGAACUCUCAGCCUGGACAGAGAAACAGAAGGAAGAACGCCAGUUUUUUGAGAUACAAAGCAAAGAAGCCAAAGAGCGCCUGAUGGCCUUGAGUCAUGAAAAUGAAAAAUUGAAGGAAGAACUUGGAAAACUAAAAGGGAAAUCAGAAAGAUCACUUGAGGACCCCACUGGUGACUCUAGGGUUCCCAAGGUGGUAGCAGAGCAGGAAGUGGAACAGCUGAAGACCCAAGUGGCACGCCUUCAGGCUGAAAAGGCAGACCUGCUGGGCAUCGUGUCUGAAUUACAGCUCAAGCUGACUGCCAGCGGCUCCUCAGAAGACUCCUUUGUUGAAAUCAAAAUGGCUGAAGGAGAAGCAGAUGGAACAUUAAAAGAAAUCAAGAAUAGUCUUGAGCCUACAAGAACAGACUCCAUUGACAUGAGCAAAUCUGCCAAAGAUGCCAAGAAUUAUUUGGAAUUUGAAGAAUUAACUGUGAGCCAGCUCCUACUUUGCCUAAGGGAAGGAAACCAGAAGGUGGAGAGACUUGAAAUUGCUCUCAAAGAAGCCAAAGAAAGAAUUUCAGAUUUUGAAAAGAAAGCAAAUGAUUGUUCUGAAGUUGAGACCCAGACAGAGGGCAGCACAGAAAAAGAGAAUGAAGAGGAGAAAGACACAGAGACUGUUGGAAGCGAAGUGGAAAUGUUGAACCUUCAGGUGACAUCACUGUUUAAGGAGCUUCAAGAGGCUCAUACAAAAUUGAGUGAAGCCGAGCUGAUGAAGAAGAGACUUCAAGAAAAAUGCCAGGCCCUUGAAAGGAAAAAUUCUGCAACCCCAGCAGAGCUGAAUGAAAAGCAAGAGCUCGUUUAUAAUAACAAGAAGCUAGAGCUGCAAGUGGAAAGCAUGCGAUCAGAAAUCAAAAUGGAGCAAGCUAAAACAGAGGAUGGAAAGUCCAAGUUAGCCAUUCUACAGUCAACCCACAACAAGCUUCUUCAAGAACAUAAUAAUGCAUUGAAAACAAUUGAGGAACUAAUAAGGAAAGAGUCAGAAAAAGUGGACAGGGCAGUGCUGCAGGAACUAAAUGCAAAACUGGAAAUGGCAGAGAGGGCACUGGCUUCCAAGCAGCUUCAAAUGGAUGAAAUGAAACAGACCAUUGCCAAGCAGGAGGAGGAUCUGGAAACCAUGGGUGUCCUUAGGACUCAGAUGGAGGUUUAUUGUUCUGAUUUUCAUGCUGAAAGAGCAGCGAGAGAGAAGAUUCAUGAAGAAAAGGAGCAACUGGCAUUGCAGCUGGCAAUUUUGCUAAAAGAGAACGAUGCUUUUGAAGAUGGAGGCAGUAGGCAAUCCUUGAUGGAAAUGCAGAGCCGGCAUGGGGCAAGAACAAGUGACCCAGACCAGCAGGCUUACCUUAUCCAAAGAGGAGCUGAGGAUAGGAACUGGCGGCAACAGCAACCACAGAGUAUUCCAAUUCAUUCCUGUCCCAAGUGUGGAGAAGUUCUGCCUGACAUAGAUACAUUACAGAUUCAUGUGAUGGACUGCAUCAUUUAAGUGUUGAUGUUUCACCUUCCCCCAAACUGUUGGUAAAUGUCAGCUUUUUCCUCCAAGACUUGUACUUUUGUCUUAUUUUUUUCACUCAAAUAUUUUGCCUCAUUAUGCUUGUUUUAGGAGGAAAAAAAAGAUGUAUCAAUUCUAAGAGAACACUUUGUGGAUUUCCAUGAGCUCACAAAAUGGAAUCCUUAACCACUGCCCUUCUGAUAAUAAAUUCAGUAGUUUUUAUGUUCUGUUUAUGUGGGCAAAUACACAGUUAAAUAGCAAGGGAUGUAAAGUGACAGGGCUCAGGGAAUUACAAGAAACUUCACUGAUAAAUUUGAGAAUCUUUUAAGGAGGCAGGAAAAAUGAAUUGGUCACAGAUUUAAUCAGGAAAAAAAUGUCUUUUAAAUAGUUUUAAAGCAAAUUAUUGUUAUUAUGUAUCUAUUGAAACUGGAUCUUUUGGGUUUAUGUGUUUUUGUAUAUGUUGUAGUUUUAUUGUAGCCAUAGUAAUUGUACCAAAGUUGUGACAUACCGCUUUUCAUCUAGUAUGGUGAGCUUUCAGUUAAUAUUAGGACAAGUCAAAAAAUGUUGGCAUACAUGACAUGAAGUUCCUUGGAUUUCUCUUUUUUUCUCUCUCCAUAUAUGUUAGAGAGGGAAACUAGGGAUGGAACUCAGGGUCACUCUAGCACUAAGCUACAUCAUGCCCCACCUCCCCCAACCCCACUUUUUUUUUUUUUUUUUGAGAUGGUCUUGCUAAGUUUCAGAGUCUAGCCUGGAAUUUGCCAUCCUCUUGCCUCAGCCUCCUGAGUCACUGGGAUUAAGUUCACUAGAUUUCUUAUCAUUCACAGUGUUAAGUUUCAUAAUCACAAGAACUGGUUAUUACAAAAUAAAAUUUUGUUUAUGAAUCUUU